CAUGCACGCCAGCGGCCAGGGCUACCCGCUCUCCUCGCUCUACGUGGGCGACCUGCACCCGGACGUGACCGAGUCCAUGCUCUACGAGACGUUCUCUCCUGUCGGCCCCAUCCUGUCCAUCCGGGUGUGUCGAGACGUGGCCACCCGGCGCUCGCUGGGCUAUGCCUACAUCAACUUUCAGCAGCCGGCAGACGCGGAACGGGCACUGGACACAAUGAACUUUGAGGUGAUCAAAGGUCAACCCAUCCGAAUCAUGUGGUCUCAGCGAGACCCAGGACUUCGAAAAUCAGGUGUGGGCAAUAUCUUCAUAAAGAACUUGGAGGAUUCCAUUGAUAGCAAGGCUCUGUAUGAUACCUUCUCCACUUUUGGAAACAUCCUUUCUUGCAAGGUGGCGUGUGAUGAGCAUGGCUCCCGGGGCUUCGGCUUUGUGCAUUUUGAGACCAAUGAGGCAGCGCAGCAGGCCAUCAGCACCAUGAAUGGGAUGCUGCUCAAUGACCGCAAAGUUUUUGUUGGCCACUUCAAGUCCCAGCGGGAACGGGAGGCAGAGCUUGGGGCCCAGGCCCUGGAGUUCACCAACAUCUAUGUGAAGAAUCUGUGCACCGACGUGGACGAGCAGGGCCUGCAGGACCUCUUCUUCGAGUUUGGAAACAUGCUGAGUGUGAAGGUGAUGCGGGACAACGGUGGCCACUCCCGGGGCUUUGGUUUUGUUAACUUUGAGAAGCACGAGGAAGCCCAGAAGGCCGUGGACAACAUGAACGGAAAGGAGGUGAGUGGGCAGCAGCUGUACGUGGGCCGGGCCCAGAAGCGAGCAGAGCGGCAAAACGAACUGAAGCGCAGGUUCGAGCAGCUGAAGCAGGACCGGCAGACCCGCUACCAGGGUGUGAACCUGUACGUGAAGAACCUGGACGACUCCAUCAGUGAUGAGAAGCUGAGGGCAGUGUUCUCUCCCUAUGGAAUGAUUACCAGUGCAAAGAAGAGGCGACAAAGGCUGUGACAGAGAUGAACGGGUGUAUCGUGGGCACCAAGCCACUGUAUGUGGCACUGGCCCAGCGCAAAGAAGAGCGGAAGGCCAUCUUGACCAA